AUGGACGGUAAUAGAAGAUUUGCGACUAAAAACAAAAAAGAAAAGCAUGAAGGACAUUCAUUCGGACUUGCCAAACUAGAGCAAGCUAUGGAAUGGGCAUUACAUCUAGGCAUCAAAGAAUUGACAGUAUUCGCUUUAAGCACAGACAAUUUAAAGAGAAGCAAAGUUGAGGUUGACACUUUGAUGCAACUAUGCAAAAACGCAUUUGCUAAGAUGGCUGAUAAUGGUGGAUUUAUGGCGAGAAAUAGCAUCUAGGUUAAGAUCCUAGGUGAUUUAGAGUUUUUGCCUGAUGAUGUUGCUGAAGCGAUGAGAAGAACAGAGGAAUAAACUAAAAACUUCGAUAGAGCGAGACUCAAUGUUUGUUUAUGCUACAAUUCUAAGUAUGAGAUUUUAGAAGCAAUAGACAGAGUGUCUGAUCUAGUAGCCAAGGGUGAGCUUCAAAUGGAAAAUGACAAGAUUAAUGCAGAGGAUUUUGAUAAGUAACUGUAUGGAGGGUUCAAUUGCAAGCCUGAAAUACUUAUUAGGACCAGUAAUGAAAUCAGGUUGAGCAACUUCUUGCUCUACUAGAGUGAUGGUUCUCAAUAUUAGUUCAUUUCCUCAUUGUGGCCUGAUUUUAGCAUUUGGGAUUUCACUAGGGUCAUCCUUGAUUAUUAAUCAGUCGUCUAAUGA